CUAACUUAAGUAUUCACUACGGCACCAGCGCCGCCCGAUCCGACUGCUCGAUUCCGUACUUUCUUCCGCCGUUCGGCACUUUUGCUUGUUCGGCCCCUAAAUGAAACAGGCUGGACAUUCGCUCCGGUCGGAUAUUCUACAGUCUAGAGUCUGUGGUACUACUCUAGCUGUGAACUAAUUAAUUAAUUAUAUUACUAUACUUGGACUGUCCUCUAGAACGAGUCCUUACUUCAUCCGGUAACUAUCUCAGAGCUCCAGCUGUCUCUUCCCCGCUCGAUCUCCCGUCUCGAUCUCUGGUGGAUGGAGACACGCUGCCACAGAGCCCUUAACCGUACGCCUGCUCUGCACGUCACGUUGAAUCAUUCUUCAAUAUGGCAGACGUCGAAGUGGUAAACCACUACAACCUGCCCUCAGCCUACCCCGAGGAGUGGCCAGCUGAGCUCGACCAGAGCGACGAAUCCGAAGAUGAAGCCCUUUCCAAGAAACAGAAACGCCAUUCGCGAUAUUCUGCUCUGGAGCGCCCCGCCAGUGACAGAAGGAGUCUCUUCGUGGGCUCAAAGCAAGAUGGGGACGGCGAUACCCUGGUGCACAAAGACGAGCGGGACCCGUUAGGCACUGGGGAGAGCGUGGUGUCCAUCCUGAAGCAACGAGGGUUGCCCGUUGACGAGGAUGCCAAGUUGCGAAAUCGCUUCCUCCUCUCAUCGACCAGCUUCUCACCAGCGCUGUUCCUCUCCCAGGCACAUUCUACGGCCUCGACCAAGUCCCUUCUGGAAGGGUUGGACUUCCUGUCCCGCUCAAUCGAUCAGAAGUCGGCGUCGUUGAAGGUCCUCGUCGAGGCCAAUUUUGAACGAUUCGUCCGAGCAAAGGCGACCAUCGACAGUGUCUAUAAAGAAAUGAGGAACCAGGGUGCGGAGCAUGAUGGCCCAGAGGCUCGUCGGAGAUCUGGUCAUUUCAGAAACUAUUCGACAAGCAGAGCACCGAGUCCGGCAGCACUAGUCACAUCGGCCACGGGUUCCAACAAGAAUGCACUCACCAAGGAAAGCGAGUACGGAGUGAGAGGUAUCCGGGCUCCCCUGGUCGAAGCUUCAGUGAAGGCGGAAGAGGUCUGGGGACCAGCGCUGGGUGGCCGGGAACGUGAACAGGGUCUAAAAUCGGUGGUCACGACGAUGGAAAGACACCGCGCGGUCUACGAGAUCGGAGCAAAUCUCUCCAGGUCGAUCAAGCUGAGGGACUACGAGUCUAUCUUCGAAGAGUAUACGCGGGCCAGGACACUUGCAAAAGAAGCCAAGAAUAUCGCAGAUCGAGCGAUCAGGACCAAGACACCCCUGACCGACGAAGAGACACAUACGAUCCUGAUUACCGGACGCAUGUGGGCGGAUGUCGAACAACAAGCCCAGUCAUUCAAACGCGAUCUGUGGCGGCGCUUGAGCACCAUCCAGACGCCGUCAUCGACCGUUGCACCCACCGGUCCCGUCGAGGAACACAUGGAAUUGAUCGGGGCUCUUUUGGAGUUGGGAGUCGAUGACAAUCCUGUGUGGGUGUGGCUUCUUAGUCGAUAUGACUUCCUGAAGACGAAGAUCGCAUCCUUCUGCGAACGCUCCAAGGUCGAAAUUGAGAUUCUUAGGCGCAGAGUGGCCGCUGAAGAGAAGCCCACGCCCCAGGAAGUGACCUCAUAUCUCCGCCUCUCUCCCCGCGAGGGUACAACUGAUCUAGCGGACAGAUUGGACUCGGAUGAAGUGAUUGAACUGUGGGAAUGUAUCCACACCUACCUCACCAAGCUUCUGUCGCUGCAGGGUGGUCUUCUCGGCGACGUCGUCGACUUCUGGGAGACGGCGCAGUCGUUCAUUGAUGGUACAAAGCAGAAAUUCCUGCCAGCUGGGUUCGAAGGAGAGAGCCGGAAACACCAUCGUCUCAGUCCCAAGAGCAUCCAAGAUCUGCAGGAUGGCGUGGUCGAGCUCGUGAACUGGAUCCGUGAGAGUGUCCUUUCAUUGUUUGUUGACCCUCCGACAGAGGAUGUCUCCAUGCUAUUCUCUCCUCUACCUCCACUCAGCCCAAGCAGCCCGCUAAGCAGAGGCAUCACUCCCACCGAGUCUCGCUUCAAGCUUGACCCGAAAAACCUACCGCCACCGUCGCCUAAAAAGGGAGAGCCCUGGGAGGACUUCGCAUUCUGGCCGCCACAUUCGAACUCUCUGAGCUCGGUCCACUAUCUAAGCAAGUUUCUGAUCUUGCUUGGCACGGCUGCCAGCGAAAUGAGCGCUCUGGGGCCAAUAUCCAGGGGAAGCAGUACCUACGAUCAGCUCAAGCUGCUGGUCAGUGCUGCUCGCGAAAGAUGCGCAAAGGCAGCCUGUGCCGCCUGGAACAAGGAUGCCGAAAGUAUCAAGCUGCUCGAGGACUGGACGCGCGACCCUGAGCGUAGGGAGCUUACCAGGAUGCCUGGCCUGUUUGUGUCGUUCGAGAAUGCCAUCCUCGCGGGGAUGCAGAAGAUUCUCUACAUUUCGGACGCCAUGACCAAGUCCGGGGCUGUGGACGUGGUCACUCCGCCCCCGGCGAAAUUGUUGCAGAUGGUGCGGACGCAAUUUGUGACCAGCGUAUACAAAGCUCUUAGCGGUCUGGUCGAGAACGCGGAGCGCCCUGUGAAGUCGGGGGAGGACGAUGAGUGGGUUGUCGUUGGCCCAGCGGCAACCGUUGGAGCCGAUGUCACCUCUUCGAUCAUCGCAGUCGACGCUGUUGAUUACAGGAACAGGAAUGUCCGUAUGCUGCUUACGCUUUCCAAUCUGAAAGCCCUGCAAGCAGAUUUCGUCCCACAGCUGAUUACGAACUUCGAGACUUCGUUUUCUGUCCAAUUGACCGAGGAAGCGAAGACGAUCCGUGAUGUGGUCAGCCAGAUUGACACCAGGCUCUUCCAGUCAUACACAAAACCAACCAUCGCGACCCUGGAGAAGACCAUCAUGGACGGCAUUACGGCCCCGGAUUGGGUGCCAGCGAACAAUCGCCCUGACCAGGUCCGGCCCUAUGUCUACACGACCCUGCUUACACUCGUUCUCGUCCACACUGAGAUCUCGACGACUAUUCCGAGCAGCGCCCAGGCCAGCCGAUCCUCCACGCCAUCCUUGCUCUCCACUGUGCUCACUCACCUGCUGACCCAGGUGUCUGCGUCCCUUCUGGCUGCAUUCAGCUCGCGGACCAAGUAUACGUUGGCGGCAUUGAUGCAGGCCACGCUUGAUACUGAAUUCAUUGCACAGACGAUGUCGCAGUAUGCGACGGAUGAAGCAUCGUCAAUCCAGAGUCAAAUAUACCUGGAGCUCGACCGGCGGACAUCCAACGAGGCUCGGGCCCAGCUGCAGGCGGAACUCGGAGAGAUGAGGGUCGUGCUGAAGCGGCUGAGAGAGCGGACGAAAGGAGAGUUUGCUUGUUUCAAGAAGCCCCGGAGCGGUGGCGCCAAAGCCACUUGAUUGUUGCCCCGGUUAUCCGCUAUCUUAUCCUUUGAUUUCCCCUGUCUUUUGCUAGCAGUGAUUCUGCACAAAGUCAAGCAAGGUCUCGGGAUUCGGGGGAUGGGGCAAUGACCAUGGCCCCAUUUGCUUCGCAGUGGAAUAGCCUAUAUGACGAUACCCAUUUUUGUCUUGGAUAGCCA